UGUUUGGCUCUGCCCGAGCCCCGGGGACCGGCCUGGCUCCGGGGGACGGUUUGGCUCUGCCAAAGGACGCCGUCGUUGCUCUGCUGGUGCGGCUCGGGAGCGGCCCUGCGGAUCUGCGGAGGAGAAAGGGACCUUCUGACCCUGUUCUGGCUACCAAAAGCGUUGGUGGAGAGACCCUAGGGUCCCACUUUUCUACGUGCCUUUUUGAAUAUCUCUGUUGUAAAGAUGUCUCACAACCACCACAUGAACAGCUCCAUGAUGCCAGCCACGCAUCCUCCUGAGCAUCACCACUCAGCGGCAGUCCCAGGACAUGGUCAUGGAUCUGACAUGAUGAUGAUGGCAAUGACUUUCCAGUUCACCUAUGAGAAUGUGCCAUUGCUGUUUUCUGGCCUUACAAUCAACACUCCUGGAGAAAUGGCUGGUGCUUUUGUGGCCGUCUUCUUCCUGGCCAUGUUUUAUGAAGGCCUUAAGAUCGCUCGAGAGUGUCUGCUCCGUAAAUCCCAAGUCAGCAUUCGCUACAACUCCAUGCCAGUGCCAGGUCCCAAUGGCACUAUCUUGAUGGAGACGCACAAAACCGUUGGACAGCAGAUGCUGAGCUUCUCUCACCUCCUGCAGACUGUACUGCACAUCAUUCAAGUCGUGGUCAGUUACUUCCUCAUGCUGAUCUUCAUGACGUACAACGGAUACCUCUGCAUAGCUGUGGCGGCAGGGGCAGGGAUGGGCUAUUUCUUCUUCAGCUGGAAAAAAGCAGUUGUUGUGGAUAUCACGGAGCACUGCCAUUAACACUGGAUGCUGCCCAGAAGCCUCUCCACCCCACUGUUCUCUUGAAGUGCAGCCAUUACGAGGACUGAAUCAUUCCUAAGCUGAAAGAGAAACUAUACAGAGAAAAUCAACUGUGGUUCACCACAAGUUCCUAGCUGGGGUGCAGGGACACGAGGAGCUGGGGUAUGCUUGCUCCCCCUUGCUGCAGGCUGGCAGCAGGGUUGACUCUUGAGGGUCCUGCGGUAGCCAUUCUUGGCUAGGAUUUGCUUUAUUCUUAGAUUAUGCUGUGAUUGAAAUUAGUUGGUUGACAGAAAUGUAGAAAUUAUUUCUUAAAAAAGAAAACAAAGCAUCUUAUUUUUAAAUUUAAAAGCUCAUCUAUGAGGGUUUUAUGAACUGUAGGUGAAGAUCAAAGUUGCCAAUGGAGCUCACAUUUGCAAAUGGCUAUUUUAAUUUUACUUUUCUUCAAUACAUACAUAAUGCCAGGGGAGGAGAGCUCCCUGGCAUUGUGGCGAUUGGGGCCAAUGACACUUUCUGUUGCAGAAGGACUCAGCCUCUGAGGAAGACUUGGAGCUGCACAUCAGACACACUCAGGUGUGCCCUGGCAAGGCAGUAUUUUGACACAAGCAUGUGACUCAUGCGUCAGGGACGUCUAGAUGAGUCUGUCCUCCAAGCCCACCAGAGUAUGAUGAGUGUUAUUAAUCUUAGGAUGUAUCCUGCAGCUUUACUCAGCUUCAAGUGAUAACAUUUGGGUUUGGCUGCUUUCACUUCCCAAUCAUGAAAACAUACAGAGUAGACACAGGGCAAGAAUUAUGUAUUUACAGGGCAAAAAAAGUUUAAAUAAAGCAUUGAACCCCGCAUUUAUUUCAUGUUGAAUUGCACUUGGAUGGAUCUAGAGCUAGACUUUCUGUUUACUAAAACUAAUUUGUAAAGGACGCACGAGCUACAUAAUGAUUUCAUGACACUAAAGGUUAAAUUUUCUGAAGAGGGCAUUCCUUGACUGAGAUGAAGGAAGUAAAACAACUGUGUUCCUGUAAAGGAGAGACUUAGGGAAGGGAAGAAAGAAAAGACAGGACCACAGCAGUCUUCAGUCUCUUCUCAGGUGAAAUUUGGAGCAGCUUGGGCUGAUUUAAAAAGUAUUCCUGGCCCAAAUGAUUCCUCUUUGUCUUAAUAAUCAUGCCGUGACUAUGUUAGCUUGGAGGUGCAAGAGUUAUCAGUGCCAGUGGUGGACAAAUGUUGUAGCACAGUAAAGAACUUCCUGUUCAGUGAUGUGACUGCUACACAUUUCACAGGCAAGACAGGCUGUGACACAGGUAAAACCACCUUACUGCAUGCACGAUGCCCAGAACAUGCUUUGGGUUUUCUAGGGAGCAGUUUUGGUUUAGCGCUGUAGGGAAUGUUGUACAGAGUAUGGUGCAAAGCUGGAGUCUUCAUUCUACUCAGGACGCCCCAUCUGUGCCAGUAACUGGCUGAAAGGGAAGGCGGUGGGAUUUUCAGAAGGGCACUGAAAAACAGGUGCCACUUUCAGGCUGGGACUGAUGUCUGGGAUGUGCCGUGAGAACAGGGAAACCCUUUGAGAUGAAAGUACCUGGGCACAUGCAGUAGCAGUUUUUUCUCCAGAGGUGCUGCUAGUCGCUUUGUUAGCCGUAGCUAUGUAAGGAAGGCUGAUCUGUGAAGAGGAAUUGCGUUUCUUUAGCCUGUAAGCCUUACAGGGUGAGACCUAUCCCUGUGUAUGUGUGUUCUUCACUGUGCUGAUGCUACUACACCAGUACAGAGCCCAUCCUUGCCCUACCACCCUCUUUGAAAGGCAGCGGGAAAUCUGUUACUGCUGCUGCCAGGAUCUUGAACUGCACCAUGAAAGUCAACCGGCCCAGGCUGAUGCCAGGUAUUUAUUUGGAUACGCUGUUUUCUUUGGACAGUGCAAAUAGAGAAUAAAAGGACGUGAGCUAAAAGCGGGCUCAGGUUUCUAAAGAGCUUCUUUCUGUAGCAAACUUGCGCCUGGAUGAAUGAAGCAAAGUUAUAUUCAUAGAAAGAUUCUAGCCACCACCUGAUGAGAGAUGCGGAAAGCUCUGUGCCAGUCUGGUCUUUGAAGGGAGUUAUGUCAGUAGCAAACUGCAGAAGGACAUGCUGAUGCCCUCUCUGCAUUUAUCAUGAAGGUAAAAAGCAUCUGUGCCCUCUAAGCAAUCAUGCCUCUCUGUGAGAGCAGAAAACUGACCCUUCCGAUCCCUGCGUGAGAGCUGUGAGGAAAUUGUAGUGCUUGUCAGAGAACAUUGAAGCAGUUAAGUGCUGGAGAUGGUGGUUUAUGUUUUGGGAGCUUUAUGCUGCAGGGGCUUGAUCCAGGAAGGAGUUCGGAGCUGAUGUUGCCAACAUGGCUCUGAUCGGUUUCUCUUGAAUGAGGUUGAGUUGUUGCCGUUGCAGAGAUGUCUCAUUACAGGGUAUAGACAUGAGUGGUUUGUCUGGUGUCACUAGUUACUUCGUAUACCUCUUGCUGUGUCUUCCUCUGAAAUAGAACCUCUGCUUGGCCUGAUCUUCUUGCUGUCACCUUUUAGCCACCUUUCAUUGUAUUCAGGUGACCAGACUUGAAUUCUCUGAUUGAAGUGGUCAGAGAUGAAUGACUUGGAGAUCAGGCAAUAGCUGUGGCUUUUACAAUAUAAAUUCAGUUCUCAUUAGCUUUUCUGCCUCAUUCUAUGUGUAGCAUCUGUGCCCUUGAAAUUGUGUCAUGUCCCCCAUCCUCCCCACCCCAAGGAUGAGUACCUCUGUCUUCAGAGGCUCAUCUGCCCACGCUCACACAGGAGAGGCCGCACGGCUUUCUCCAGGGUGCAGGGGGAAGCGAGGCUGACCUCGUGGGGGUCACCCGGGGAGCCGGAACCCAGGCGGGAGUCUCCCAGGUGUCUAGCAAGCACCCCAGCUGCCUUCUGGAACCUGUAAGAAUGACGGAGCAUUGGGCAGUACCCGUGUUAGAAAUGGGAGCCCAGGCUGGGCUCUGGGGAGAGGUGCACAAGGGAAGGUCUGCGGGGAAGGUGGUUAAGGGAAAAGAUGGAGGGCUGUGUCCUCUCUUCUUUUGAGCUCACUGAUACAGAGAGGCACAACUGAGGAGGGGAUGUUGACAGUCCGUGUCUCCCAGCCAGCUUUGGCUGUGCUUUCUUUUGAUUCAGUGUUGACAAUCCAGAGAAGCCACCCCCCUCCCUGUGCGCCAGCCUCCCCCUGGCCCACCAGGUGCCACUAGCUGCCAUGUUCUCGGCCCAGGUCGCUGUUUGCUUUGCCAGAGUCCGGGCAAAACCUGGCCUCCCUACUGAUGACUUCAACUGCCUGCUUUUGGUGCAGUCCCAGCCUUUCUACUGGCUGUAUUUAAAGUUCUCCUGAUAACACUAAAUUCGCAUUAAGUAGUGUUUGGAGGGAGGUGAGGACUCUAUUACGAGACUUGAGUCAAUUGAACUUGUAUGUCAGGACAGGUGUAGCAUGCUUGAAAUAUGAUGUCCUGCGUCUGUCUUUGUACCACGAUGUUCAGUCUGCCCCGCUGUGCCUCUGGAUUGUCAUCCUGGAAGACGCACACAAAGUAUCUGGGGUGUGUUCAUCAGCUGGCUUUUGUUGGUUGUCUUCGAGUGCCUUUUCAUUUUGUCUGGACCCAGUCCCACCAAAUCCAGCAGGGUUUCUAGUUUUGUUUACAGUGGACUGUCAUUUUUGUUUUUACCCUUUCUCUUUGUGGAGGUAACUUGUUUAAUGUUACUGUGAAUAUCAGAAUCUCCUGUAUAUAAUUAACCAAUAAAAUAGAUGGCAUUUUA